AUGUUCAGGCAAGUGUGGACGCACCCAGACGAUCGAAAAUUUUUGAAGAUCGUUUGGAGGUCGAGCUCUACGCUGCCACUGAAGCUGUACCAAUCGAAGACCGUAACAUAUGGACUCGCAUGUUCACCAUACCAAGCAGCACGUGUAUUGAACAAGCUCGCUGAGGACGAAGGAGAUCGAUAUCCACUUGCUGCACUCGUAGUCAAGAAACGAUUUUACGUCGACGAUGUCCUGGCAGGAGGAGAUAAUAUCGAAGAAGUUGCUGAGACCUGUCGUCAAUUACAGGAUCUUCUUGCUCAAGGACGGUUCACUCUUCGAAAAUGGUGUGCCAACGAUCCGAGUGUGUUGCAGCACAUUCCCCAAGAAUUUUGGGGGACUUCUCCCCAAUUGAAAUUGGCCGCAGUGCCUUCUCUUCAGAAGCUCGAUGUUAUCACCAAGCGUACUGUAGUGUCCGAAAUGUCGAGGUUGUUCGACCCUCUUGGCCUUUUGGGGCCAGUCGUAAUCAGUGCCAGAAUGUUCGUGCAAGGAUUGUGGGCGAAACGGCUGGAUUGGGAUGAACAAUUACAAGCGCAUGAAAAUCAGUGGUGGCAAGCUUUCCGUGAUGAAUUGGAACAACUAAAACAGAUCACCGGACCAAGCGACAUCGAGCAGGAGAAACGUACAAUUGUCGUGUUAGCAGCAGUGGAAAUUGAUGAUUCCAUCUUCGAGUUGGGAAAGCUGUUGAAGAUCGUCGCUGUUUGUAUAAGAUUCAGUAAUAACUGCCGACGUGCGAAAGCAGAACGAUGUUCCGGCAGUAUAACUCCAGCAGAAGUAGACACAGCGUUGAAGUCAAUGGUGCGAUUGGCUCAGGCGAUCUCCUUUUCAAAAGAAAUUCAUCAACUUAAACGCAACAAACUCGACACAUCUCACCCAAUUGAAUUUGAUGCCAAAUCACCUCUAAGAAAUUUGAACUUAUUUCUCGAUAAUUAUGAUAUUUUACGCAUUAACGGACGAUUGAGUAAUACUGCUGGUCCAUAUGAUUCUAAGUAUACACUGAUUUUGCAAGCAAAUCACCGUUUGAGUUUUUUGAUCGCACAUUCUCUACACUUGAGGACGGCGCAUUCCGGUCCAUCUUUAUUAUUGGCGACAAUGCGCCAGAGAUUCUGGCCUCUGCGAGGUAGAGACUUGGUUCGGAAGGUGGUUCGUAAUUGCAUCACCUGUUUUCGUUGUCGACCCACCGAGUGCCACCAGCAAAUGGCACCACUACCAGCAGCCAGAGUAAUCCCAUCGCGAGUAUUUUCGAAAACAGGACUUGACUACUGCGGGCCAUUCAAUGUUCGUCCGCUGUAUGGAAGGGGGGCGAGCAUAAAAAUGUACGUGGCGGUUUUCGUAUGCCUGGCGGUUAAAGCGGUACAUUUCGAGAUCGUUCCCGACCUCACGACGGCCGCGUGUAUCAAUGCGAUCAAACGGUUCGUAGCUCGACGCGGGCGGUUAAUCGAGCUACAUUGUGAUAACGCGACAGCUUUCGUCGGAGCUGAUCGCGAAUUAGCUACAUUACGUCGGCAGUACCUCGACCAGUUCAAGUCGAAUGAAUGGAAGAAUUAUUGGGUCGAUUCUGGGAUAAGCUUCUUCUUCAUUCCGGCUCGUUCCCCGCACUUCGGGGGUUUGUGGGAAGCCGGAGUGAAAUCAUUUAAAUUUCACUUUCGUCGUAUUUUUGGUGGACAUUCUUACACUUUGAACGAAUUUUCCACGGCAACUAUCCAUAUUGAAGGCAUCCUGAACUACCGGCCUCUCACACCCCUAACGGACCACCCAGAUGACCUUGCUAUUUUGACGCCCGGUCAUUUUUUAAUUGGAGAACCAAUGUUUUCGAUUCCCGAACCUGAUGUCAUUAAUAUAAACACGAAUCGACUUUCUCGUUUACAGACAAGGCGACGCUCUGUACAGGAUUUCUGGAAUCGGUGGUCCAGAGACUACGUCACCCAGCUCCAUCAACGCUCAAAGUGGAAAAGGGCAACCACGAACAUUCAGGUGGGAGCCUUAGUCUUGCUGAAGCAGAGUAAUCUUCCUCCAUUCUUGUGGAAUCUUGGCAGAAUCGUGGAAACGUACGCCGGCCAAGACGGACUAGUUAGAGUGGUUCUAGUGCGGACGAGCCAUGGACACUACAAACGAGCUGUGACGAAGAUCAGUGUACUACCAAUAGAUGCCACGGAUGCUGCUAAUACUGAAGAUCAACAACCAACAGAUGAGCAACUACCAAAACAGUAA